AAUUCUGAUCAUCACACAGUACCACCACCUCCUCUGCAAGAUUAAGAUUUACCAUUUUUCUAUCCCACAUAAACACUUGCACUGGCACGGAAAGCGUCUCAAUUGUUGCCGAGGCUUGGUCGAGUUGAGAUAGGACAAAACAUAGGUUUUAUCUUUAUUAUUUACACAACAAUAUUGUGCUAAGUGCGUUUACGUCUCGUGUAAUUUGUUACGUAACGUAACGAUAAAUCGUAGAUUAAGUAUUUAGUAAAGGCCUCGCAGUGCCUACGUAUGGAGAAGCAUGGUCACCAAAAUGUGAGAGGACGUGGAGUUGCAGUAUCUAGUAGUCGUAAAGUAAUAACCUUACUAGCGUGCAAAUGACCAAACAAUGGUGGACAAUGUCAUCUCCUUCCUGCAGUUUCUCAAUUUCAUCUCAAUGUGAUCCACUAACUCCUAACUGACUUACUUACUUACUCAGAGAGCAUUGCAAAUUUAGUGCCAGUCGUAAAAUCAACAACAACAUCGUAAAACAAAUAUAUCCAGUUGAAACGUCUAAAUCAACCAUGGUGUUCACGGCAGCGGCUCAUUUAAUCAACAUGUUUUGCAACAUGGUCCCCUGCUCGGUUACACAGCCCCCUCCACAAGCCUUCAUUCGGGACAAUUACAACUGGGCGGGUAGUAGUACCACGACACCGACCCCGUUUUAUUAUGAUGUUCCCCCAACGUCGCACCUCCCUAAAAACUCCUCGAGUGGCCAAGAACAAUUAGAAUUCAAUUUUAAUUCGGAUGAGCUUGCGCUAAGUGCGAGAUCCAAGCGGCUACUUGGACAUCCGAGACAUAGAUCCAGGUCUAAAAAUCCAUACCCGCAAAAUAAUCGGGGACAGAAUCAAGCAAGACAGUCUAGAAUGACGGUGACCACUCCGUACUCGACACCGGUGGCGAGAAGGUCACGGACAGACCAACUUUCUGGAGGUUCACCGGGUCAAAGUAGAGGGCUUAAUUCCGUACUGCCAAAUAUCUUCUCGGCCGUUCCAGUGAUUCCGGUUUUGUUCAAUAAUCUCAACGGUCUCGUGAGGUCGAUGACGAACACGAUCGAGAGUUCGGUGGGGGGACGAGGAGGGGACGGAAUUGGGGAUCGGAGUGGGAGAAGUGGGGCUGGAUUUGAGCCCCCUCUGCCCAUCGUGAGCACACAGUAUGGAGAUUUGGAGGGGUAUUUCAUGGGGACGAUGAAGGGCAGGAGGAUAUCAGCGUUUGAAGGCGUGCCUUUCGCAGAACCUCCCAUUGGAAAGUAUCGAUUCAGGCCACCCGUUCCAAAAUUCCCGUGGAAAUCGAUCUAUCCCGCAAAGAAGACGGGGAGCAGUUGCAGCCAGGCACACCCACUGGAUUUCUUCAUGGUGACGGGAUCAGAGGAUUGCUUGUUUUUAAAUGUUUACACUCCACAGAUUCGGCAAGGGUCAACAUCUCCGAAAUUGCCAAUCCUCUUUUUAAUCCAUGGGGGAUCUUUUCAAUACGGAUCUUCGGCGGAGUAUGGUCCCACCUACUUGCUAGACGAAGAGGUCAUCUUAGUCACGGCUAAUUACAGGUUGGGACCAUUAGGAUUUCUGAGUACUGGAGAUGAACAAAGUCCAGGAAAUUAUGGCCUCAAAGACCAAGCUCUAGCGUUGAAAUGGGUUUAUGAAAACAUUGAGGAAUUUGGUGGGGAUAAAAAUCGUAUCACAAUAAUGGGACAAUCGGCUGGAGGAGUCUCAGCUCACCUCCAUCUUAUCGCGAAUAAGACGACGGCCUAUUUCCAAAGUGGGGUGAGCCUUUCCGGAUCAGCCUUCGGAUUUUGGCCCAUCGUUGAGAAAAAGAGGUCACAAGAGUUGGGACGAAAAUUAGCAUCUGCCGUAAAUUGUAGGCGGUCGAGUUCACGCGAGAUGAUGAGAUGUCUUCGAUCCGUGAAUCCUCAUGUCAUCACGGCAGCUCAAAUGCAACUCUAUGAAUGGAUCCCAUUCCAUCCUCUCGUGCUGUUUGCCCCCGUGAUCGAGGACGAAACUCCCGACGCAUUUUUAACCCGACGGCCCGAACAGGCUUAUGAGACCGGAGAAGUGAUGGAUAAACCUUGGAUUUUCGGUCAAACUUCGCAAGAAGGACAUUUCGAUAUUUACUUCAUGAGACUGAUGAUGCAAGCCCCCAGCAUUGCCUUGAAUGGGAGGCGUUAUCUCCCCAUAAUUCUGGACUAUGGGCGAACCACCCGACAACCCCUCACGAGCCAAAUUACAGAAAAACUACUACAAUUUUACGGAGGUGCAUUAAUCGGUCAAGGGAUAAAUAUGCGUUCGAUAAGUGAUAUGUACACGGAUCGUUUUUACACUUCCACGAUAAGAAAAGCCAUCAAGUCGCAUUCAGCCAUUGCCCCCGAUUCUACAUAUGCGUAUGUCUUUGAUUACAAAGGGAAAUACAAUUUGGGAUCCCUGUUCGGAAGUCCAGAAUCAGAGUGGGGCGUUUCCCACACCGAGGACAUGUUUUUCUACUUUAAUUCCUCCGUCUAUCACCACGGUCUUCAGCGAGACGAUAACGAGUACGGAUUGAGCCAAAUAAUGACUGAUUUCCUGGCGAACUUUGUGUCGACGGGGACACCAAUGCACAUGAAUGCCAAUAAUUCCGAGGUCCCAUUUUGGGACCCUGUGAACCCUUCCUCCACGAGUGAACCACUCCAGUAUUUACGGAUUCGGAAAGAACUCUCCAUGAUGGCUGACCCAUUUUCUGAGCGCGUUCAAUUUUGGGAGUCAUUAGGUUUAGAUUAAUUCGCCUCCAAGAGAACAUAACAUUUUUAUCGAGAGAUUAUUGACUGAUUUGCAUAAUUAAAUAUUAAAUACUUAUUAAUCCUGUUAAUUAGUUAGUUAAUUAUGCAAUGUAUUUAGGUAAGUUAUAUAUGGUUGUUUAAGUUUGUAAAAAGGAUUAAUUAAUAAUAACAAAUGAGUAAUAAUGACAGAUCAAUUUUAAAA